GCGGCCAUUUUCCAUCAACAUUGCAGCAGCAGCAUCAGGAAAAAGGGGUGAUUUUUUGGAUAAAUUGGGGAUUUUUUGGGCGGUAUUGACUUGAGUUUUGAGAAAAUGACGGCCGUAGACGAGAGGACGAUCUACGCGAAGCUGGAAGCGAUGAAGGACAUCCGCUCGAAAACGCUUCAGCUGGAGAAGGUGAAGCUGAAGAUUGUCCGCGAGGUCGAGAAUGGGGAUGCGGAGGAGAAGUGUCUGGCCGAGUACCGCCGGGAGCUGGAGAUGCUGAUGCAGGAGAAGAUGAGCCACGUCGAGGAGCUCCGGCAGAUCCAUGCGGACAUAAAUGCGAUGGAAACGGUCAUCAAGCAGGCCGAGGAGAACCGGAUCCGGUCGAUCAACAUGGCGAACCGGUUCCACGAGGAGUACGUUCCGCUGAAGACGGAGGUGGACACCAUGCGACGGGACUAUCUCGGGAUGGAACGUCUACCGGAACUGCACGAGGAAGAUGGAUCCAUUAUCUCUCCAGAUCGCUUCCAGAACUACUACACGGCCAACAAAUCCAUGGCGGCAACGGCAGCCAGCUUCGCCCGUCCUCCGCUGUCCGCCCACCACCCGUUGCCUCCGGACGGUCCCGUUACAAACCUGCCCCCGACGGCUCCACCUGGCUUCCUGCCACCACCGCCGGUGGCCAUGCGGAUCAACAAACCCCCGGAAAUUCCCACCAACCGUCUCCAGCCAGCGCCAUCGUCCAUCGGAAUCGGUCACCCGACGUUCAGGUCUGAUUUCAAUGUCAAUCUGAGUUCUCAAAGCAUUCGCUCCCUCUGCAGACAACAACCGCCGCCGAUGAAGUCGUGUCUGUCGUGCCACCAGCAGAUCCACCGGAACGCCCCGAUCUGUCCGCUGUGCAAGGCCAAAAGUCGCUCGCGCAACCCGAAGAAGCCGAAAAAGAAGGAGCACUAAUCGCCGUAAACAUGUGUAUUUUGUGUAUUGACUGAUUCUUAUUUUAAAUAUGUUUAUCCCGAGCAGGGUGGUAAGUACUUAUUUACUUUGCGUACGGACGCAGACGAUUUUAAACUUUAAACAAAUAUUUAGUUACGAACAUCUAUAUCUCGUACAGUGUAAUCGACCAUUUUAGCCAGUAGAUCGCAGCGCGGUUAACGAAUCAUUUCUAUCAAUAAAUAAGCUAGUGUAA